CACACUCUCAUGCAGAUCGCUGCCAAAGCUCAGUAUGAAGUUUCUCGACACGGAAUGAAGAGAAAACAACUUUUUAAAGACUUGAGUGAAGGUAGCUGCAGUCAAGGGUGUUCACAUGAACAGUAAAGCGUGUUUAUCUGUUGAGAGUUGACUUUGAAGUGGACUUUGAGUGAGUCGGGACUGGAGAGACACUGAUCCCGGACCCGCUGUUAUGACAACAAACCGACAGCGAAAAAUGAGUGUUUAAACGAAUUUAAUGGGUUCACAGCUAAGGCAAGCAUCACUAUUACUACUGCUCAUAUUUCGGGUUGGGGAUUCAAACAAACCUCUAACAUUAGGGCCUGAAGCAGUCUGUGCAAGACUUGGCCAGUACAUUGUUCUGGUCUGCUGGACCAAACAGUUCUGCUCCAGUCUUCAGCAACCUUCUAAACCACAGCAUCAACAGACCUCUGUUUUCACAGAAACUGAGCUCCACGCAACCCAAACCAACUACCCAGAAAAGGCCCUAGAAAAUUGAGAGCCAAAAACCGGAAGAAAUUCAUUGGGCAAAAUAGAUUUUCCAUUUCCCCGGCCUUCCGCAUCCAUAACCAGACAGAACACUGAAAUUGACGGUCUGUUGAUUUUGAUGAUGUAAUUGUUGGAGAGAUACGGAUAUCUGGUAGCUAGUGAUUCCGGUAGUUGUCUGGCUGUCAGUUACGCCGACUGAAGUAAGUGUUACCAGAAGAGAGAAUCCUGGGAUAGGUUCAUGUGGCGGUCUUGCCGCUGGAUGGAGGUGUAAGGGAGGAGCAGGAGUCUUGUGGAACGCUGGUGGAGUUUUGGCUGGUAGGAGAUCAUGGGAAAAGAGCAGGAUCUUCUGCAAGCGGUCAAGAAUGGAGAUUUAACCACGACACAGAAACUGUUGGCCAAGGUCAAAGCCAGUAGAAGCAAGUUGCUGGGCUCCACCAAGAGGCUGAACAUUAACUAUCAGGAUCCAGACGGGUUUUCAGCGCUACAUCAUGCUGCUCUCACGGGCACUACAGAGUUGCUGUCUCUACUUUUGGAGGCUCAGGCCGUUGUUGACAUCAAGGACAGUAAUGGCAUGCGGCCGCUGCAUUACGCAGCAUGGCAGGGUAAAGCUGACUCAGUACUAAUGCUGCUGCGGACAGGGGCUGCCGUUAACGGUGCGUCUCACGAUGGGCAGAUUCCACUGCACCUGGCUGCUCAGUACGGACACUACGAAGUGUCUGAGAUGUUGUUACAGCACCAGUCGAACCCGUGCAUGCUGAAUAAGGCUAAGAAGACUCCUCUGGAUCUAGCCUGUGAGUUUGGCCGGGUGAAGGUGGCUCAGCUGUUGUUGAACAGUAAUAUGGUUGCGUCUCUGUUAGAGGGCGAUCAGAGAAAUGGGUCGGACUUGAACUGUAACACUCCUCUACAUCUCGCCGCACGCAACGGACACAAGGACGUCAUCCGUCUUCUUCUGAAAGCAGGUAUUGACAUCAACAGAAGCACUAAAGCUGGCACGGCUCUGCACGAGGCUGCGCUCUAUGGGAAGACAGAGGUAGUGCGGCUGCUCCUGGAUGCUGGGAUCGAUGUGAAUAUCCGUAACACUUACAAUCAAACAGCCCUGGACAUUGUCAACCAGUUCACCGCAUGCCAUGCCAGCAAAGACAUCAAACAGCUCCUACGAGAUGCUACAGGAGUUCUUCAGGUGAGAGCUCUGAAAGACUUCUGGAUUCUUCACGACCCCACAGCCCUCACCAUACGCGCUGGUGAUGUCAUCACGGUGAUUGAGCAGCACAUGGACGGACGCUGGAAAGGCCACAUCCACGACACUCAGAGAGGAACAGACCGAGUCGGCUACUUCCCUCCCUCCAUAGUGGAGGUCAUCAGUCGAAGAUCAGGGGGCACCCUGUUACGACACGCCUCAGUGCCCACUCAACGGCAACAGCUGUUCUCCAGAUCCGCCCUCAGCCCCAGCUUAAGUCUGAGUGGCGGUGUUGCCCCUCAAACUGGUGACUCCUGCACUCUGUACACCACUAACCCCCACCCGCUGCUCCCCCAUGCCAACGGUCUGAGCAUCAAUCCAGCUGGGGACAGGAACAGUGUGGGCAGCACUGGCAGUGUGGGCAGCACCCGCAGUGCAGGCAGUGGGCAGAGCACAGAGAGCAACAGCGCACCCAGCGGACCACACCAGCACACCACACACCCUGACAUCAAGACUGCACCAUCUGCUGGGGAUUCACUACAACCGGAUCAUAUCAAACAUGCGGACACACCCACAGGUGUUCCCUGCAGACCUGUGUUGCCCGCACAGAAGGCAGGAGAGCAAGGUUUCACUCUGUUUGUACAUCCUCAGCAACUACUAGAGGGCAAGGAUGCUGUGGCUAUCUAUCAGUGGCUGAGUGAGUUUCAGUUGGAGCAGUACACUGCAAACUUCCUAAACGCUGGCUAUGAUGUGCCCACCAUCAGCAGAAUGACCCCAGAGGAUCUCACAGCUAUCGGUGUGACUAAACCAGGCCAUCGUAAGAAGAUCUCCCUGGAGAUCGGAAACCUCAGUAUUCCAGAAUGGCUCCCAGAGUACAUACCACAGGAUCUCGGGGAGUGGCUGAGUGCAAUAGGCCUGCCUAAGUAUCAUAAGAAACUGGCUGAGAACGGCUAUGACUCUAUAAACAUUGUUCGAGACCUCACAUGGGAAGACCUGCAGGAGAUUGGCAUCACCAAACUAGGCCACCAGAAGAAGAUGAUGCUUGCAGUGAAGAAGUUGUGUGAUAUUCAUAAGGCCCUUCUGCAGGCCGAGUCAGAGCAGGGCACACUACGCCGCAAAACCCCUGCUGCCCUGGACCUGCUCACUAUUGAGCCACCCCCUGAGGGCGGUGACCUUCCAUCGCCCCACACACCCAAGAUGCUCACUUUCCAGGACAGUGAGCUGAGUACUGAACUACAAAGUGCUAUAUCCACACCCUACAGUGGCUGUCAGGAGGGACUGGCCAUCAAAAACGCAGUAAGUAUGUCCAUCAGUCAGGAGAGCAUUGACACGCGUUCUCGGGGGUCCGGACGCUCCCAGGAGCCUCCCAACACUCCCUCGUCCUCUUCUUCGUCAACCUCCCAUUACAGCCUCUCCCGCGAGAGCUUAACAAGUGCCGACAGCAGCCCUGCUAAAGAACGGAACAUUCCAGAAGGCCACGACCAGGUCACGCGUCCUCAGCUACCGCAGCAGCUGCCGUUCUGUAUGUCCACAGGCUUUAAAUACCCAGUGCUGCUUGCCAAACCCAAACUGGGCUCUUUGCCCUCUCCACAAGGCUCCGCUGUUCAAAAAAAACUCAAUUAUCCACGUUUGCACUGUAAUAGUGCCACACUCAACCGCCACUCUCCUAGCAUGACCAAGAAGCGCACACAGAGUCUGACCCGCUACGCUUUGUCAGAUGGCGAGCCUGAUGAGGAAGACGAUGAAGAAGCUGCUCAGCUAGCCAGUAUCGCCAUGCCUUCUUAUGCCACAUUGAGCCGCAAGCCUGCCCGUGGCCAGUUGGCACGCCUUCAGUCCGCUCCGGAGCAGUCCAUUGGCCGAAGCCAGUCUUUCGCCAUUAGAGCUCGGCGUAAAGGCCCUCCCCCACCACCACCGAAACGCCUAAGCUCUGUCAGCAGCUGCAGCACUAGUGUCGAAACUGUCUCGGACAUGCCAGUGCCACCUACUGGAGGAGUUGAGAGUGACAGUCCUGGAACUGUAAAGAGCAUUGCAGCUGUUUUAGAAACUGUUCUACCUGACCCUAAAGUGGAUCUCCUUCAGGAGACCAAAUCAUUUGUCUCUGUCUCCAAUGAAGGGUCCAGACAGAGAGCUUUGAGUCAGACCGAGUCCAUCCAAGUCCUGCAAGCCAAUCCAGAUACUGAUAGUGCAUCAAAGUCUGACUCUGAAGAGGACGAUGGGACCAAGAAUCCAGGUCUGGAGAGCUCUUCCUCGCCACAGAACAGCUCCAGUGAGUGCAUCCCCUUUGCAGAAGAAGGCAACCUCACCAUCAAACAAAGACCUAAAGUUGGCGGCCCUCUCAAGACAGAGAGCACCUCAGAGUCUCCAGAGAAAGCCAAACCGGCCAAAGCCCCUGAAGUUCCAGAGUUCAACCUGAAAGAGUCGGACACGGUGAAGAGACGGCAGAAGCCAAAAGACAAGGAGCAGCCAAACAUGGCGUCCGACGGCAACGUUGACAACCUGACGGUUUCUGAGCAAAUUCAGACUCAGGACACUGUGAAACUCCGCAUCAGUGAAUCGGAGAUGAGUCUUCCACGUGUGGAGCCUUUUCUCAAACAAAUGCAAUCACCACCACCUGUUGCCCCCAAACCUCCCAGUCCCCUGAAUCCAGCACGGCAUACCUCGAAACCACAUCCUGCUCCUACAAACACAGCAGUUGGCUCUAGCGUGACUCUGAAUGUUGUUCAGAGUGUGGCCUUUGCGGCUCCUCCAUGUCCUGUCCCACACUCCCCAUCACCAGAGAGAACAUCUAGAUCAGCAAACCUCCAGACUCCUGUUGAGGCAGGCCAGGGGUCGACGCUCAUGCAGCAGAGGCUGGAGAAGACCAGCUCAUCUCUGGAGGAGGCACUGAAAGCCGUAGAGAGAAAACUAACUCUGGAGAACCGCACUGAGGGUGUUUCUCACGUGGCAAAGUCUGCAGGGAACAUUCUGGAUGACAUCGGGAACAUGUUCGACGAUCUAGCCGAUCAGCUGGAUGCUAUGCUGGAUUAAACUUCUCUCCUGCAUGGAGCUGUGGAUUAUUUCAUGGACCCAAUCCAGAACAGCACAUGCCUUUAUUACAAAUGGAGACCAGAGGAAAACUUAUUUGACCAUUGACCACAUUUCCAAGGACCACACGGGGACAUUUAUUGAUGUCCACAGUCUUCUGACCAACUUCAGUGUAGGUAUCAUCUGUACUUGUUUGUUUAGUCUUAUUCCACUAUAUAACACUAUGUAACAAAAUUUUUGUUGCUGGGUAGUAUGUGUUAUUUCCUAAUUGCUUA